CGCCGCGCGCUGCUUCCCGCGCUGGGCGCAACCCUUAUCGCUCCCGCAGUCAACCUCUGGGGCUCUGGCUCCUUCCUGCUCUCUCUCGCGCCCGAGGCGGCACGCGCGCGCCGGCUCGACACCUUUUACCCCAUAUCGGACCAGCGGUUCUACCCGUACUCUGCCGGCGGACUCGACUACGGGCCCGGCUUCCAGCGCUACGUCGACCCGGCGAGCCGGUUCGAGUUCCGGUACCCGGCGAAUUACGUGCAGGACCAGGCCGUCUUCCUCCGCAACGCCGACCGAGCCUACGCGCAGCGGACGAUGGACCCGGCGCUCGCAGCCGCUCGCGGCGGCGCCGCCGCCCGGGCGCCGCCGCGCGGGAGCGGGCCUGACGUCGCGUUUGGACCUCCCGGCCAGGCGGGCGAGGAGAACCUGAGCGUCGUCAUCGGCAGCCUGGUGGCCGGCUUCAGC